GGUGUUUCAGUCCUUCAGCAUGACACUCGUCUUCCUCCUCCUCUUCCUCCCCCUCUCUCACCGCUCCAAUGCCAUGACUGGUUGCCAUAGUGACCGUGACAAGGACCACCGCCCCCGGGUCAACUGCACGGCAAUCGACCUUAGCGAUGUCCCCGCCAGCAUUGACACGACGACCAAGGUACCGAUAUACGUCUCUAUAACAAUUAAAUGAAAGUCAACUAAACUAGUUGUGCUGUGCUGGCUUUGACCAAGAUUUCAGAAGUUGUCUGGACCGCUGAAUAGGUUCUCAGUCCAAGGAUUGUAAAAGAAAGUUCAGGACAAUACUCUCCUUUACUCUACUAGUAGAGUAGAAUAGAAGCUAAGAUUUAAAGUUGGCUUUUUCUACAUGUAACAGGUAGGAAAUAGCUGUUUUUGUAAAGAUCUUCUCAGAUCAGCCUUGGGAGGUUGAGUAACAAACAAAGCUAUGUCCCUGAUGCCCAACACAUUUAACCUCACCACAGUCCUUAGUAACACAUUUAACCUCACCACAGUCCUUAGUAGCACAUUUAACCUCACCACAGUCCUUAGUAGCACAUUUAACCUCACCACAGUCCUUAGUAGCACAUUUAACCUCACCACAGUCCUUAGUAGCACAUUUAACCUCACCACAGUCCUUAGUAACACAUUUAACCUCACCACAGUCCUUAGUAGCACAUUUAACCUCACCACUGUCCUUAGUAGCACGUUUAACCUCACCACAGUCCUUAGUAACACAUUUAACCUCACCACAGUCCUUAGUAACACAUUUAACCUCACCACAGUCCUUAGUAGUAGUGGCACCUUUCCUAAUAGUAUGUUUAAAAAGUUAAUAGAAAAGUUUAAAAUAACUCACUGUAAACAGCCCCUCAGAGUAUAUGGUUAAUAGCAUAGACUAGAAUCCCCCCCUAUACCUAAGACAGGUUAGGCCUUCUACCCAGAAUCCCCCCCUAUACCUAAGACAGGUUAGGCCUCCUACCCAGAAUCCACCCCUAUACCUAAGACAGGUUAGGCCUCCUACCCAGAAUCCACCCCUAUACCUAAGACAGGCCUCCUACCCAGAAUCCACCCCUAUACCUAAGACAGGCCUCCUACCCAGAAUCCCCCCCUAUACCUAAGACAGGUUAGGCCUCCUACCCAGAAUCCACCCCUAUACCUAAGACAGGUUAGGCCUCCUACCCAGAAUCCACCCCUAUACCUAAGACAGGUUAGGUCCUACCCAGAAUCCACCCCUAUACCUAAGACAGGUUAGGCCUCCUACCCAGAAUCCACCCCUAUACCUAAGACAGGCCUCCUACCCAGAAUCCACCCCUAUACCUAAGACAGGCCUCCUACCCAGAAUCCACCCCUAUACCUAAGACAGGCCUCCUACCCAGAAUCCACCCCUAUACCUAAGACAGGCCUCCUACCCAGAAUCCACCCCUAUACCUAAGACAGGCCUCCUACCCAGAAUCCACCCCUAUACCUAAGACAGGUUAGGCAUCCUACUCCAAGGCAGUGGUAAUGACAAGACAGUUCUGCUUUAAAAUAAUGAAAAUAUAUUGUCUGUUUUAGGCAACAACACAACAGCCACAAUUUCAGUUCAUAGAAUAGCCUACUGUAACCUACCUCAUGUGAAGCCUAGCUUGAAGACAACCAAUGAAAACAUAGGAAACGUUUAAAACUAAAUCACUUGAACUCUCGGCUCUCUUUUGAUGUUGGUAACAAUUAUUUGAUGUCCAUCACUCCGGCGGGUAGCUAGCUAGCAUCACUCUGGCAGGUAGCUAGCUAGCAUCACUCCAGUGGGUAGCUAGCUAGCAUCACUCCGGCGGGUAGCUAGCUAGCAUCACUCCGGCGGGUAGCUAGCUGGCAUCACUCCGGCAGGUAGCUAGCUAGCAUCACUCUGGCAGGUAGCUAGCUAGCAUCACUCCGGCGAGUAGCUAGCUAGCAUCACUCUGGCAGGUAGCUAGCUCAAAUCAAAUCAAAUCAAAUCAAAUCAAAUUGUAUUGGUCACAUGCGCCGAAUACAACAGGUGCAGACAUUACAGUGAAAUGCUUACUUACAGCCCUUAACCAACAGUGCAUUUAUUUUAAACAAAAAAAGUAAGAAUAAAACAACAACAAAAAAAGUGUUGAGAAAAAAAGAGCAGAAGUAAAAUAAAGUGACAGUAGGGAGGCUAUAUAUACAGGGGGGUACCGUUGCAGAGUCAAUGUGCGGGGGCACCGGCUAGUUGAGGUAGUUGAGGUAUCACUCCGGCGAGUAGCUAGCUAGCAUCACUCUGGCGGGUAGCUAGCUAGCAUCACUCAGGCGGGUAGCUAGCUAGCAUCACUCCGGCGGGUAGCUAGCUGGCAUCACUCCGGCGGGUAGCUAGCUGGCAUCACUCUGGCAGGUAGCUAGCUGGCAUCACUCCGGCGGGUAGCUAGCUAGCAUCACUCUGGCGGGUAGCUAGCUGGCAUCACUCCGGCAGGUAGCUAGCUAGCAUCACUCUGGCGGGUAGCUAGCUGGCAUCACUCCGGCGGGUAGCUAGCUAGCAUCACUCCGGCGGGUAGCUAGCUGGCAUCACUCCGGCGGGUAGCUAGCUAGCAUCACUCCGGCGGGUAGCUAGCUAGCAUCACUCCGGCUGGUAGGUAGCAUCACUCCGGCGGGUAGCUAGCUAGCAUCACUCCGGCGGGUAGCUAGCUAGCAUCAUUCCGGCGGGUAGCUAGCUGGCAUCACUCCGGCGGGUAGCUAGCUGGCAUCACUCUGGCAGGUAGCUAGCUAGCAUCACUCUGGCUGGUAGCUAGCAUAACUCUGGCAGGUAGCUAGCUAGCAUCACUCCGGCAGGUAGCUAGCUAGCAUCACUCCGGCUGGUAGGUAGCAUCACUCCGGCGGGUAGCUAGCUAGCAUCACUCCGGCGGGUAGCUAGCUAGCAUCACUCCGGUGGGUAGCUAGCUGGCAACACUCCGGCUGGUAGCACAGCCUGGGAUCGAACCCGGGUCUGUAGUGACGCCUCAAGCACUACAAUGCAGUGCCAUAGAACACUGUGCCACUCGGGAGGCCAGUCAACCUUUUGAUCUGUUCCUGAUUAUGGUGAUAUUAUUUAUCAAAGUGCAGCUGCUACUACUCUUAACCCUUUGGGUGCCGUCUACCAUAGUGCCCUUCGCUUUGUUACAGGGGACAGUUUUAAUACUCAUCAGUCUAUCCUGUAUCAAAAGGUUGGCUGGACUUCGCUAAAGACCCGUAGAUCUCUACAUUACUCCCUUUUUGUUUACAAGACCCGACUUCAUAAACUUCCAGCUUUAAUAUUGCAGAUAGAUUGUAACUUCAAUCAAUGUAAGUGUCUGCAUCACUUCCAAUCCCCCAUAUGUUUUUUCCCGCAAAUAUAUAUAUAUAUACACAUAUACAUACAUAUACACAUACAUAUAAACAUACACUGUACAUACAUAUAAAAACAUAUACAUACAUUUAUAUACACCCCUUCCCUAAUUGGAGUAGACUAGUUACACCCCUUCCCUAAUUGGAGUAGACUAGUGAACAACAACGAUUAGGCCUAAAAUGUACAGCUUAUACAUACAUUUUAUGGACACAGUCAAAUUUACAAUAAUUCUAUUUUGUUUGUUUUUACUCCUGAACUUCCUCUACCCUCAACCUCUCCGAUCAUUUUCAUGAUGUCCAUCCGGUUUGCUUCUAUAUGUCACGAUCGUCAUACACAGAGGACCAAGGCGUAGCGUGGAAUGCGAACAUACUUAUUUAUUAGAGAACUCACGAACAAAACGAUAACGUGACGUCCUUGGUUACAAACACAAACCUUCAACGGAACAAGAUCCCACAACACACUGUGGGAAACAGGCUGCCUAAGUAUGGUUCCCAAUCAGAGACAACAAGCAACAGCUGAUUCACGUUGCCUCUGAUUGAGAACCACACCGGCCAACAUAGAACCAAAUAAACUAGAUAAACACCCUAGCACACAAAACACAUAGAAACCACACACCCUGGCUCAACAUAACAGAGUCCCAGAGCCAGGGCGUGACACUAUAUGCCAUAUCUUUCUAACUGUGCUCUUUCACAAAAGCUCUCAACCUAUAACCUAUAUACUUAUUAUCGGCACAGUAUGCUUUACAUUAGUUAUCUUGUUGUUAUUAGUUGUUGUUAGUUGUUAUUAGUCCCAUCCUUCAGCUCCAUUCAACACCUCCCAUCUAUCUCUUAACACCAUCCAUAUUGGAUUUCUAUUUGCCAUACAUUUUUCAACUGUACUGUGAUGUUUUACAAAAGUUCUGAACCCUUCUAUUCUCAUUGUUUCUACAGAUUGUAAAUUGAAAAUAAACAUUUUUGCUAAAAGUAUUAUUAUAUUAUUGAUCGAUUGACAAUGACUUUUCAGAUCACCCAGUAGUGCUAUCUGCAGGGUUAGCUCCAGGUAAAUAUUGCAAUCCUUUAGCCAUUCCUGGACCUGUGUCCAAAAACAAGCUACAAAUGGACAGUACCAAAACAAAUGAUCUAAUGAUUCUGUCUUUUCGCAGCAAAAUCUGCAGAGCUGGGAAGAUUGUAUCCCCCAUAUAAAUAACAUUCUAUUGUUAGCAAUCAUUUUGUAUAAUCAUUUAAAUUGAAAAAUUCAAAGUUUUGAAUCCGGCGUCAUUUUGCGUAUCAGUUCUUAAACACUAUGCCAUGGGAUCGGUAUGUCAAAAAUCUCUUCCCAACUAUUUUGCAAUCUAUAUGGGACGGCUGUCAAUCCUUUGGUCCUUAAAUGAAACUGGUAUACUUUUUUAUUUAUCACAAUUUCCUUUAACCAAUUAUGUUCUUUAAUGCAAGGCCGACAGACAAGUUCCUUACUUUUUCCCCCUUCCACUUUCCUCUUCCAUUUUUGUGGUAAUGCUGCAAUUAUUUGGUUGUAAUUUUGGGUAGAGCAGACAUUUCCAUAUGUUUUUGUUGGCUGCAUGUGCGACAUAACUCCACCAGUCUUACAUAUGAUAUCAUUUACGAAGAUUAUACCUUUUAAAAACUUUUUUUUUCAAAAAAUAAAGGUUUUUAUUAAUUAGUAUAUUUGAAUUUAACCACAAUAUUUGUUGCAUUAUUUGUUCAGUCGUUUCUGGAGGAUUAAAUUGAAAUUGCAACCAACUUUCUAUGGCUUGUUUUAGAAAUAGUGAUAUUUGGGAGAUUAUUUCCUUUUCAAAUAACUGAAAGUGAGAGUUUGUAAUCUGAAUAAAGUGAAAAAGGCCAUUCUUGGACAGUUCGGAUUUAAGUGUAACUUUUGUAUGACUGAAGCUUUUAGUGAUGGGUCUAAUGCUUUAAUAUUGAAUCAUUUCUGUCCUCCGAAUUCAUAUUCAUUAUAUAAAUAGGCCCGUUUAAUUUUGUCUGGCUUGCCGUUCAAAAUAAAAUGGAAUAUUUUUUUCUCAUAUAAUUUAAAAAACUCUUCGCUAGGUAUAGGCAAGACCAUAAGCAAAUAGGUAAACUGGGAUAAUACUAAGAGUUAAUCAGGGUGAUUUUUCCACAAAUAGACAGGUAUUUACCUUUCCAUGGUAGCAAGAUCUUAUCUAUUUUCGCUAAUUUUCUAUUAAAAUGUAUUGGAGUGAGAUCAUUUAUUUCAUUUGGGAUAUGUAUUCUGAGUAUAUCCACAUCACCGUCAGACCGUUUUAUUGGUAAACUACAUGGUAAUGUAAAAAUAGUAUUUUUUAGUGAUCCAAUAGAUAAUAUAGUACAUUUAUUGUAAUUUGGUUGUAAUCCAGUAGGUUCAAAAAUGUAUCUACAUCCUCUAUGUGGCUGUGGAGGGAUUCAAGUUGUGGAUUUAAAAGAAAACAUGAAUCAUCAGCGUACAAUGAUACCUUUGUUUUUAAACCCUAGAUUUCUAAUCCCUUGAUAUUAUUGUUGGAUCUGAUUUUAAUAGCUAACAUUUCCAUGGCCAUGAUAAAAAGGUAUGCCGAUAGUGGACAACCUUGUUUUACUCCUCUUGACAGUUUAAAACUUUAGGAGAAAUAGCCAUUAUUGACUAUUUUACACCUAGGGUUACUAUACAUGAUUUUAACCCAUUUUAUAAGAGAUUCUCCAAAAUUGAAAUGCUCCAGACAUUUAUAUAUAAACUCCAGUUGUAAUUUUUCAAAUGCCUUUUCAAAGUCAGCUAUGAAUACCAGGCCUGGUUUCCCAGAUUUUUCAGUGUUCUAUUGUUUCCAGUACUUGUCUUAUAUUAUCUCCAAUGUAUCGUCCAUGUAAAAAACCUGUCUGAUUAGAAUGAAUAAUAUCCGACAAUACCUUUUUAAUUCUAUGCGCUAUACAUUUUGCUAGAAUUUUUGCAUCACAACACUGAAGUGUAAGGGGCCUCCAAUUUUUUAAAUGGACUGGAUCUUUAUAUGACUGUGUUUUUGUAUUUUAAUGUGUAUAUAUAUUUUUUGGGCGGGUAUGAUGUGUAUAUUUAUGUUGUAUAUACAGGGCACAUUUGUAAAAGAGACCUAGGUCUAAAUAUGUCUUCCCUGUUAAAAUAAAAGUUCAAAAAUAAAAUUAAAACUCUCCUCUAAUCUACUUUACUCUACUAUACUACAUUAUCAUAAUCUCUCCUGUGUUCUAGGUGCUGAUCUUUCCCCAGAACCAGUUCUCCAGUCUAACCUGGUUCUCCUAUAGUCACUUCCCAGAGCUCUAUGAGAUAGAUCUCAGCCACAACGCGGUUCCAGAGGUUCCCCUGUCCCCUGGCCCAGUUCUCCCUACCCUGGGGGUUCUACGCUUGGUAGGGAACCGCAUUAGAACCCUGCCCCCUCACUCCUUCAGGGCCACACCGGACCUGCUAGAACUCUAUCUGGACCAGAACCUCCUGGAGACACUAGACGACCUGUCCUUCUCUGGGCUCAGACUGCUACAGGUCAGUACGCCACUUAGUUAAUUAGUUGAUUUUUUUAUUGGUUAAUUGUUUGGUUACCUGAUUUGCUAGUCAGUUAGCUAGUCAGUCAGUCAGUCAGUCAGUCAGUCAGUUAGCUACUCAGUCAGUUUGUUAGUUAGCUAGCUAGCUAGUUUCUUAGUUAGCUAGUCAGUCAGUUAUUUAUUUAUCUAGUCAGUUUAGUUAGUAAGUUAACUAGCUAGUUAGUUAUCUAGUCAGUUAGUUAGUUAGCUAGCUAGUUAGGUAGUUAGUUAUCUAGUUAGUUAGCUGGUCAGUCAGUUAGUUUGUUAGCUAGUCAGUCAGUUAAUUAGUUAUCUAGUCAGUCAGUUAGUUAGUUAGUUAGUUAGCGAGUCAGUUAGUCAGUUAGUCAGUAAGUUAGCUAGUUAGCUAGUCAGUCAGUCAGUUAGUCAGUUAGUUAUUUAGCUAGUCAGUUAGUUAGUUAGUUAGUCAGUGAGUUAGUUAGUUAGUUAGUAAGUCAGCUAGUUAGUUAGCUAGCUAGCUAGUCAGUCAGUUAGUCAGUUAGCUAGUCAAUUAGAUAGUUAGCUAGUCAGUUAUAUAGUUAGCUAGUUAGCUAGUCAGUCAACUAGUUAGUUUGUUCGUUAGUUAGCUAGUUAGCUAGUCAGUCAGUCAGCUAGUUAUUUAGUUAGUUAGUUAGUUAGUUAGUUAGUUAGCUAGUAAGUCAAUUAACACCCCUGUUGUUGUUUGUUCUAGAUCCUGGAGCUGUCUCAGAACCGUAUCUCUGUUCUGCCCCCUCUGAUGUUCCGCUCCCUCCCGGCCAUUGAAACCCUGGUUCUAGAGCAGAACCGCAUCAGAACCAUGCCUGACCAGUGGUUCUCCGCCAAACCUGAUGUUCCCUACACCUACCUGUCGCAGAACCCCUGGGCCUGCUUCUGUAAGGUAUGUUCUAAAGUCUGGUCUAGAACUCUGUAAGGUAUGUUAUUUAAUCUAGAACCCUGUAAGAUACGUUCUCGAGUCUAGAACCCUGUAAGGUACGUUCUCUAGUCUAGAUCCCUGUAAGGUACAUUCUCUAGUCUAGUCUAGAACCCUGUAAGGCAUGUUCUCUAGUCUAGAACCUUGUAAGGUAUGUUCUCUAGUCUAGUCUAUAACCCUGUAAGGUAUGUUAUCUAGUCUAGAACCAUGUAAGGUAUGUUCUCUAGUCUAGAACCCUGUAAGGUAUGUUCUCUAGUCUAGAACCCUUUAAGGUACGUUCUCUAGUCUAGAACCAUUUAAGGUAUGUUCUCUAGUCUAGUCUAGAACCCUGUAAGGUAUGUUCUCUAGUCUAGAACCCUGUAAGGUAUGUUCUCUAGUCUAGAACCCUGUAAGGUAUGUUAUCUAGUCUAGAACCCUUUAAGGUAAGUUCUCUAGUCUAGAACCCUUUACGGUAUGUUCUCUAGUCUAGUCUAGAACCCUGUAAAGUACGUUCUCUAGUCUAGAACCCUGCAAGGUACGUUCUCUAGUCUAGAACCCUGUAAGGUACAUUCUCUAGUCUAGUCUAGAACCCUGCAAGGUAUGUUCUCUAGUCUAGAACCCUGUAAGGUACAUUCUCUAGUCUAGUCUAGAACCCUGUAAGGCAUGUUCUCUAGUCUAGAACCUUGUAAGGUAUGUUCUCUAGUCUAGUCUAGAACCAUGUAAGGUAUGUUCUCUAGUAUAGAACCAUUUAAGGUACGUUCUCUAGUAUAGAACCCUUUAAGGUACGUUCUCUAGUCUAGAACCCUGUAAGGUAUGUUCUCUAGUCUAGAACCCUGUAAGGUACAUUCUCUAGUCUAGUCUAGAACCCUGUAAGGCAUGUUCUCUAGUCUAGUCUAUAACCCUGUAAAGUAUGUUAUCUAGUCUAGAACCAUGUAAGGUAUGUUCUCUAGUCUAGAACCCUGUAAGGUAUGUUCUCUAGUCUAGAACCCUUUAAGGCACGUUCUCUAGUCUAGAACCCUUUAAGGUACAUUUUUUAGUCUAGUCAAGAACCCUGUAAGGCAUGUUCUCUAGUCUAGAACCUUGUAAGGUAUGUUCUCUAGUCUAGUCUAUAACCCUGUAAGGUAUGUUAUCUAGUCUAGAACCAUGUAAGGUAUAUUCUCUAGUCUAGAACCCUGUAAGGUAUGUUCUGUAGUCUAGUCUAGAACCCUUUAAGGUACGUUCUCUAGUCUAGAACCCUUUAAGGUGUGUUCUCUAGUCUAGUCUAGAACCCUGUAAGGUAUGUUCUCUAGUCUUGUCUAGAACCCUGUAAGGUAUGUUCUCUAGUCUAGAACCCUGUAAGGUAUGUUAUCUAGUCUAGAACCCUUUAAGGUACGUUCUCUAGUCUAGAACCCUUUAAGGUAUGUUCUCUAGUCUAGUCUAGAACCCUGUAAGGUAUGUUCUCUAAUCUAGAACCCUGUAAGGUAUGUUCUCUAGUCUAGUCUAGAACCCUGUAAGGUACGUUAUCUAGUCUAGAACCCUGUAAGGUGUGUUCUCUAGUCUAGAACCCUGUAAGGUAUGUUCUCUAGUCUAGAACCCUGUAAGGUAUGUUCUCUAGUCUAGUCUAGAACCCUGUAAGGUAUGUUCUUUAGUCUAGUCUAGAACCCUGUAAGGUACGUUCUCUAGUCUAGAACCCUUUAAGGUAUGUUCUCUAUUCUAGUUUUGAACCCUGUAAGAUAUGUUAUCUUGUCUAGUCCAGAACCCUGUAAGGUACGUUCUCUAGGUGUGUUUAAAUAAAGUUGGAUUGUAUUUGAAGGUGGGUUACUUGAAGGAACACCUGGAUGAUCAGGGCCACAACGUGUACACAAGGGUUGGAAUAAUCAUCACCCCGGACGAAGAGAGUGUUACCUGUGUCACGCCUCCCUCCCUGGCCGGCCGACCAAUCGUGGGGCUGGAGGAUGAGGAGUACUGCCCACCUGGUGCCCCACCCGACGCCCCCCCUGGAGACUCUGAACCUGAACCUAACCCUACUCUACUGCCCACCACCACCACUACCAGAACCACCACCACAGCAGCCACAACCACUGUUCCUACUACCACCCCUACUCCUACUACCACCCCUACUCCUACUACCACCCCUACUCCUACUACCACCCCUACUCCUACUACCACCCCUACUCCUACUACCACCCCUACUCCUACUACCACCCCUACUCCUACUACCACCCCUACUCCUACUACCACCCCUACUCCUACUACCACCCCUACUCCUACUACCACCCCUACUCCUACUACCACCCCUACUCCUACUACCACCCCUACUCCUACUACCACCACAGCUACUCUGAAACCCACCACCCCUCCUCUACACCCUACCGACCCCACCCACCUGCCCCCGCUGCCGGGUGAGGUAGUCACAUGGCCCUCCCCCCUUCAGGUGGUCACAUGGUCUUGGCGGGAGAUAGUGACCAUCCUGGUGGAGUGGGAGGAGAGCUGGAAGGGGACAGAGGGGGGGAGGCUCGGGGGAGGGAACAGCUGGGAGCAUCAUGGUCUCUACAGACCAUCACAGGUUACUACCCUCUCACCACACCCCACCACGACCACGACCAUCACACAUAG